AUGUACCUGUGGUAUGUCUAUCAGCCCUCGCGAUCUGAUAGGAGCAAGAAGGGAAAGAAAGACCCAACAAUAGCAGCAGUGGUGGCUCCUUCAGUAAGCAAGGAGAAGGAGAGUAAGAAAGAGAGACGUGAACGCACUAAAUCGUCGAGCCGUGUCCGAGGUUCUGGCGCAUGCGCACGUAACCUUUCGUCAUGCUCUACCGCAAGCACCGCGAGCGUUUCUUCAUCAGCGUCAACCGCUGAUUCUGACAACUACAGCGAAUUCGACUCACUCUCUGCUGAUAGCUCGCUGUAUGGUGGCCCGUUCGGAUACCCGCAUACAACGUGUAGCAGCGUGCGCGAAGUGGAGAUGGCGGACUUUGCUGAUUUCGAGAUGGGCGAUGCGGAGUGCUUGCAAGGUCAAGGUCAACUGCAAACGCUCUCCUUACCACUAAGUCUCUCGAUGCCCUCGCUUUCUGGGCUACGGCCUCUGUUCGAAAUAGUGUCAUGGAUGGCACCAGGAAAUGUAAAUACAUGUGCCAUGCAAAUUAGACCUAUUGAGAGUGAUGUCAAGCAUGGAAUGGGUGAGGAAGAGAGUGCCUACUUGGUUCAGAGAGAGGAUUGUGCCUUGGGAGUGAUUGUACACAGACAAGGGUGGUGGUGGUGGUGGCAGUGGUGA